AUGGUUAUUUAUAAAAUUAAUAGUGUCAAAAAUAAAAUAAAAGGUGCGGAACAACAAAAUACAUUAAAUAAAGAAGCGCUGGAUAAGAAGGUUCGGAAACAAGAACACAUUUAUAUAAGUGACAAUACACGCGAAGAUAUAAAAGAUUUACUCAGAAUUAUAAAAGAUUUAACCGUCACUAAAGAAAAUUUUCGCUAUAGGGAUUGGGUGACUAAGCUUAAUACAAGAUAUAGUCCGUACUGUAAAUUGGAUAAAAAACUUGAGGAUAUAAAUGAUAAAGUGAAUAAAUCACUUGGUGAAUUUGUACUUUUAAUGAAAUUUAAAUGGACAAGUAAUGAUGAAUUUCAUGUAUGGAGGUAUCAAACUGAAGAAGAGGCAUUGAAAGAGUUGAAGCGACUUUCUUUUCUCGAAGACUUAGAAUACGUUAAACAAACAAUCAAUUGGAGCAGCCUUAGUGCCAUAAGAAUUUGGAGUAAGCCUUGUCCUGAAUAUCCAUCCUCUUUUUCUCAAUCUAUAUAUUCCUGUUCCCAGUUUCAUUUAACUUUUAAAGAAUUAUCCCCUUUAAUGCUUUAUAUAUCAGAACCUAUUGUUGAUGACAUAAUUUUCUUGCGAUAA